UCCACACGACACGAUGCCAGCCGAGCGACAUCAACGACCAAAGCGACACUCCAGCGGCGGGGGCAACGACCGCGCUGGGUCGUCGUCCAAGACGGCGUCGGGGCACAAGAAGCCGCUGCCGCUGGAGAAGCGCAGCGCGGACGGCAUCCCGGGUCUGUCGAAGCUCAAGGGGUCGAUCCGGCAGACGAAGCGGCUGCUUGCGAAGGACAACCUCGAGCCCAGCCUCCGCGUGCAGACACAGCGCCGCCUCGCGGCCCUCGAGGCCGACCUCGCGACGGCGCAGAAGCGCGACGUCGAGCGCAAGAACGGCGCGAAGUACCACGCCGUCAAGUUCUUUGAGCGGCAAAAGCUCACGCGCGUGAUCAAGCGCGCGCAGCGCAAGCUUGGCGGGGAGAAGAAGCUCAGCGGGAAGAAGCUGGCCAAGGCCGAGGCCGAGCUCGCCGAUGCGAGGGUCAUGCUCAACUAUGUGCUGCACUUCCCCAACACGCAAAAGUACAUCUCGCUCUUCCCCUCGGACGCCAAGGACAAGGCAAAGGACGGCGGCGACGACGACGAUGACGAGGGCUUCAAGCUCCCGCCUCUGCUCUCGCAGUCUGCCGACGGGCUGGACGAGUCGGCGCGGAAACGGCGCGAGAUGCUGCUCGAGACGCAGCGCCUCAUGGGCGAGGGCAAGCUGAGCGCCACGCCCGAGGAGGAGGGCGCCGGCGCCGCUCGCCGCGACGUCGACAUUGCGCCCAAGGCUGUCGUGGCCGCUGCGGCGGAGGAGGAGAAGGAGGCGUCGGAUGCCGAGGACGACUUCUUCGAGGGGUAGGAAGGGGUUAGAGCAGGCGCAGACUUGUAUGUAAUGAUUGUUCAGAGAUACA